UAGAUCCAAUGUACCGUGCAGUUUUAUUUCACGUUAAAGUGAUAAUUAUUAUUAGCUUUUAAAUAAUGUAAUAUGUUCCUUAUUCUUUGCGAGUGAAUAUCUUAUACAUCAUUAUAAUCGAUUAGAGUUCAACCACUGCAUUAAAAUUAGAAGUAUUAAAAACAAUAAAAACUGCUAUAUCUUUUGAACGUUUAAAAAAUGUGUUUAUCAUCAACAUUGGAUACAACAAUCUAAAAAACAUUAUAAAAAGGGCACAGUGAGAUACACAACGAAAAAAAUAUUUCAGUACGAUAACAGCUAUGACGACGUUACAGCAGCUUCACUAAGUAUAUCAUGCAAAACGCAAUAAAAAGUCAACACAAUAUUAUAAUUUAAACAUAUUGUGUUGUGCAUCUGGGAAUAUGAAGAAAAAUUUAUGACGAAACAACUUAUUCAUUUUCACAAGAGGCAUUUGAAUUAAAAUUCGACGCAAACCACUUUUCAACAGUUGAUAACGRAAGAUCGGGGUGCUGUAUCCGCUCCACACGACCAGCGAAAUAAUUUGGGCUGCUUACAACAAAACACAUAUCAUCAACAGYAUAUACUCGGAAAUCUAAGUGCUGUAAAUGCUCUGCAUGACUGGCGAACGACCAGCGAACGAUUGAUGCGCGACGAACAGUUUAUCGCCGCGACGAGAAUAUAACACGCCAUAAUGGUGCACACGGGAUCUUUUAGAGACCAGCUACACUAUAUAUUGAUCAGCUAUUUGCCGAUAUUGACAUGGAUGCCAAAAUACAAGAAGGUGGAYUUGCUGUACGACGCCGUGUCGGGCAUCACUGUCGCGCUCACCCUGAUGCCUCAAUCUAUAGCCUACGCGUCGCUGGCGGGACUGGACCCACUCUUUGGAUUGUAUGCUGCAUGCUUCGGUAGCGUGAUGUACAUAGUAUUUGGAUCAGUACGUCAAAUUACCAUCGGCCCUACGUCCGUUGUUGCGUUGCUCACGUUUAACUACGUCAAACCAGAGUUACCAAAUACGGCGGUUAUUCUCUGUUUUGUGUCGGGAAUGGUUGAGCUCGUCUGUGGACUUUUCCGCUUAGGAUUCGUCGUUGAAUUCGUAUCGAUGCCGGUGACAGGUGGAUUUGUAUCGGCUGCAGCUAUCCUAAUGGCUUCCUCACAAUUGAAAGGAUUGUUCGGGAUUUCUUACAACGCCAAAAACUGCUUAGAAAUGUGGAUAAAGUUUGUUGAAAAUAUUGAAAAUUUUCGAAUAGCAGACACCGCUAUGGGACUGACGUGCAUCCUCGUGYUGGUAGGACUGAAGAGCUUAAAAUACAUGAAAUUCAAUGCUAAAGGAAUGAAAGCAAAAUGUUAUUCCAUGAUUUUGUUGUUGUUGACCACCGGAAGCAAUGUUCUCGUAGUCGUCGUAUCGUCGACAAUCGCAUAUUUUUCAAUCAGACAAGGCCAGUCACCAUUAGUAUUGACAGGUACCAUAUCUAGUGGCAUACCACAAUUUCGAUUUCUGUUUUUUGACUACGAAAACGAAGACGAGAAGUUUACCUUUAUCGAAGGUUUGUCCAGGUUAUGGCCUGGUGCGAUAGUUGUGCCGUUGGUGUCGAUUUUGAGCACAGUUUCGGUUGCUAAAGCAUUCAGCGGUGGAAGAGUUGUUGAUGCAUCACAAGAGAUGAUAGCGUUGGGAUUCUGUAAUAUUUUCUGCUCGUUUAUGGGAUCUAUGCCCGUAGCGGGAAGUAUGUCUAGGUCUGCUCUUAAUCAUACCACCGGUGUUCAUACAACGUUWAGCUCAAUAUUUACAACUAUAUUGGUCAUGCUGUCGUUGUUGUUUUUGGCACCACUUCUCCAUUACAUACCUAGAUCUAGCUUGUCUGCUGUUCUCAUUUGUGCGGUGAUUUCGAUGUUCCGAUACGACAUGGCGAUUUUGUUAUGGAAAACCAAUAGACGUGAUCUAAUACCGUUUACCACCGCGUUCGUCUCGUGUUUGAUAUUCAACGUCGAGCUGGGACUUCUGAUCGGAAUCUGUGUCGACUUGAUGUGCGUGCUCUAUCGCAGUGCAAGGCCGUCGAUUUCCAUCGAAAAAGAAAUUAACUCAGGUUAUGUAAAAUGGGUGGUCAGACCCAGCAGUGGGCUACUAUUCCCAGCGGUAGACUUUAUGCGACAGCGGAUCAUUGUUGAGAUGUCGUCUUCAGAACGCCCAAACAAACCAAAUCUCAUAAUCGUGGACUGUGUGCAUUUUGACAAGACCGACUUCACGGCUGCUCAAGGAAUCAACUCGUUGAUAAAUGAACUGAAAUCCGAGUCUUGUCAAUUCGAASUGAUUAACGCUAAGGAAYGCGUAGCGGCUAUACUAGAAGCUACACUAAACGUUAAAAUCUUGUCUACGGUUCCACUUCAAAAUUCGAUAAAUAAAUUUAAUUUUAUUCAACCUGAUCUCAAUGGAAUUGAAUCUAUGCCAUUACCCGAGAUGAAAAUCAAAAGUAUCUGUGAACGUAAAGCGUAA